AGAUUUUGACCUUGAGGGAAAAAUUUCCAAGUUAUGGGCCAAUCUAUCAACCUAUCCCAUGUUCAAGAAUUGGAAAGUAGGAGCGUAUGAUGUGGCCGAUGGACCCCUGAGAGGUUUAUCUCCACCCUUUGCUUUGCCUUCAUUGAGGUGCUAUGUCGGGACAGCCGAGCCUGAGGACUACUCUGGCAGGCCGAACCUGAAAAUGCUCCUCCAAUGGUUCAAAUUUUUGGCUCACAAGUAUCAUAAUCGUAUGAUGGAAGCCAACAUAGACGCUCUGCGGAAGGCUGCCUCUGAUGGGCGCAAGCUGACCAUCCUUGCUUUUCCUGGAGAAGAAAAACACUUUGAAAUCGAACGGAUGUUGUUAGAGUUUAAGUCAUCACACCCAAGUGAUCUUCAGCUCUUCAUAGUUCAUCCUGGCUCGGUGAAUGAGAGUUCACUUCAAAACAAGUUUAAUAUCGAAGUAGAGCCCACUAUACUAGCUCUCAAGAAAGGGGACAAGCGUCUUCGAGUUUUGCAAAGGUUUGAGGAACCGCUCGUGACCCCGAAGUUUGUUGAACCCUUCAUUAUCUCCCAGACAUCACCAGCUGUUACACUAACAGUGAAUAACUUUCAGAAAGAGGUCUUUGGUGGUGGUGGUGGUGCCACGCCCAUCUUGGUAUGUUUUUACACUCACUGGGCUGAGGGCGUGGUUCCUUACCUCAAUGCCUUUGUGGAAUCCGUGAAGGCUUUCAAAGACCAUGGGGCCAAACUUGGAUUCGGCAUAGUGGACGUGGAAGAACAGCAAGAUAUUGUUCCACGUUGGGUGAAUGCUCGAGGGAUAGAUGGGAUACCUUUCAUUCUUCUCUUCAGGAGGAAGUCUGAUAUUGGCAAAGGUAAAUUUUUGCAUCAGCUUGCUCUACCCAAGGGAGCCAACACCCCAGCAGCUAUUGGAAGUUUCCUGCAGGAGAAUGAUAUAACAUUAGAGAGUAUUGAUGGAGGACCAUUCCAUUAUCCAACAUGGGUAUUGUCAACAUAUGACAUGGAGGUAUCAAUGGGAGAGUCCAGCCUGAUAGCCCCGACAUGCAUGACAGCUCUCAACACUUCCACAGAGGGGGUGGAAGACAUAUGGGGUGAGGGACCUCCUUCGAUCAUAAAUAAAGUCUGUGAAACAGAAGAUAAUACCAUCAUUGAUGACCCAAGAGAUGCCAAAGUUACAGUGGAAGUUGAGGAUAUAUUAAGUCAGAAAACCAGUCCACGGAGCCGUAUUGGGAGCAUAGAUCGACUGACUGAUGCAACCUGGUCGAAGGUGAUUGAGAAGUCACACGCAGGCAUGAAGCCUGAAGAUCUACAGGCACUCAUGAAUAUUCAUAAGACAUCAAGAAAGAAAGACAAACCUCAGACAAACCUAGUGUUCUUCAUCCAAGAUGGCUGCGGGAGCUGUCGAAGGCAACAGGCCAUGUUUGAGAGGGUCGCUGAGGCUGUCAAGUUCAUAGAUGGUGGGUCUGCCUACAUACUGAACUGUACAUCUGACCCCGUGACCUGUGACCAUCAUCAAGUCAGGGGAUUCCCCACAGUGAUUGCAUUCCGUACCUUUGGUCAGCACAGCAGUGAAAGGUGUCUCUCGCCUGAUCAUCACGAGCAUACACUGCGUAUGGAUUACCAUGGGCUAUUACAGGAAAAGGAGUUGAUGGAAUGGUUUUCUGAAGUUGCUCUUCCGAGGGUUCAGAUCAAAACUCUUCAACAAAUCAAACAGGAACAGAAGUAUACCAAUGUGAUCCUCCUAGCGACCGUCUACCCCCUCUCCCUGGCUAGCCAAUACUUGAGGUCUGUGGGUGGGGUCGACAGCUGGUACCCCCAGGACUGCUUCCUGGUCGCGUGCGAAAGGCUUUAUGGGAAGGCCAGGUGCUAUGCGGCUUACGGGGAGAACAUCCGACCGAAGGAUAGAGAGAGAACGAGCAAGGAGGAGAGAUUGAUCGUGGGAAAGGUUGAGAUGCUUCGACAAGAUGGAGUGACAUCGAAGAUUAUUACGAGUGGGCGGAGUCUCAUCGCUGCUCUUCAAGCUGAGGCCGAUUCCCAGAUCCAUAAAUUCCACACUCCCCACAGGUACAAUCUUCGGUCUGGUCAGCGGUGUGAGGAUGACCAUGCCGGCUGUACUGACCUCAUCACUGAGUUUGUAGAGGACCAUAGUCGGUUGCCGGUCACUCAUCUCACUAUAACGUCAUUCCAUGCAUACUCAAGUGUUGGAUUUGACACGAAGCAUAGGGGGUCUGUCUUUAAGAGUGGAUUACCUGUUCUCAUUGCAUUUGCUACGAGGAAGCAGAUGGACGAAGGUGCUGAAUUUCAACAGGCUCUACUGUCUUCAGCGUAUGAUCUGUACCAGGACAUAGUCUUCACCUGGGUGGAUGUUGAGGAGUUCCCUAGAUGGGUUGCGCAGUUUGUUCCGGUCUAUUAUCAAAGACUCAUCUUAGAACACAAAGAUGAGAUCACAGAAGAAAUCCUGCCUUCACUCUUUGUCUACCCUCGCCUCUGCUUGGUUAGACCCAAUGACCAUCGACAUGCAGCAUUCUUUCCUUCAGCAAAGGGGUUCUCACUUACAUCAAAACUUGUGGGUAGGACUAUAGAUAAAGAUGAUAUCCUCAGGUUUGCCAAAAACUUUUUGAAGAAUCCAGAAGCAAUGUUGAUGGAAACAGAACGGUUCUGAGUAAUGGUCAACCUGAGGACUUUCAACAUGCAUUCUUCCCUUAUAUAGCAAAAAGGUUCUAACAUCAAAUCUCUUGGGUGGGACUAGGUUUGCCAUGCACUUCUUGAAGAGUCUAGAAGAAAUGCUGAUAGAAACAGAAUGGUUGUGAUGGAGUGAUGAAUGGUAAAACUGGUGUGUUGGCUUCGUUGGUAGAGCAUCCGUCUCACAACUGGGAGGUCAAGAGUUAAAAAUUAAUUUUUGAUUUUCACUUAAAACCCAAUGACCAGCAACAUGCAGGGUUCUUUCUUUACAUCAAACCUUAUGGGUAGGACUAUGGAUAAAGAUGACAUUCUUAUGUUUGUCAAAACUUCUUGAAGAAUCCACAAGAACUGCUGCUGGAGACAUAAUAGAUCUGAAUCAUGAAUGAUCAAAGAGAGAUUAGCUUUUGAAACAAUGACAGAAAGUAAACAUUAUGUCAACCCUUGUUGGAGAAACGACCGUAGUUCAGGCCCAUAACUGUGGUUUUGUACCCCCUUAACAUAAACCUUAUUGGAGGAUCCAAGAUAUUUCAUUUUAAAGCCAUAUCAACCCUGCAUGACCAAAUUAAUCCCCCUUAUGUAACAUUUAAGCUUGAGCGUUGAGCCAGGAUUAGACGAUAAACAGCAGCUGUGAUAUUACGGAAGAGCAGCUCUGCCUGUAGUAGGCACUUCAGAAUAAUAUUUGAUAUUCAAUCAAGUUUUCAAAGGCAUAUCGUAUUCAGAAAUCCAAUGUUUGUUUUCAAUUUCGAACAAAGAAAAUCAGCCUGAAAUAAGGAAAAUGUUAAAGAGAAAUUAAAAUGAUUGC